AUGCCUUCCUUGAUACCGCUGGACGAUUACCUCGGGGCCAUCCUGAUUGGGCUGCUUCUAUCUACCGUUUUGUACGGAGUAACUUGUCUUCAGACAUACCUUUACUACACUCGGUAUUCGAAGGGGGACGGUCGUGGUCUGAAAGCACUGGUGAUCUUUCCGUACGCUUGGGUUUCAAAUUCAUGUCUCUCAUCUCUUUCGCUCACAGGUUGCUAUUAUCUUGUGAGUACAAGGCGUAGAACGUGUUGUAACAUGAAGAAUAACAGAAGCGUGCAACCGCCACUCUCAUUCAGCGUUGUGGACACCUUCCAUGUUAUUUUGUUGACAAUCUCUUACUAUCACUAUACCGUGACAAAUUUCGGCGACUACAUUGCGCUGGAAAAUGACGUCUGGAGCUUGUCGGUCCAGGUCGGCGUUGGAGCUUUGGCGGGAUUUCUUGUGCAGCUCUUCUUUGCCUACCGAAUAUACGGGUGUACGUGCCUUCCUCCGUUUGGCCACAUGUUUCGCUGACGCAGCACAGUAAGCGAGAGAAGGAUACAGAUU